AUGGGUUGGGAUCUUUGGGGUCCAUCACAUGAUAUAGUGGCAGAAGAAAGCGGUGUUGAUAAUUCCCAGUGUGACUUUUACUUUGGUUAUGGAUUUGAUGUGAUAGAAGAAGAAGCUUUGAAUGAGAAACACUGUGUGCAAGUGCUGAGGGUUUUGAUAAAGAAGGCAGAUACAGAGAUUCUUGAACUGGAACAAGAUUUGUUAUCCUUACAGACUGAAUUGGCUUGGGUUGAAAAUGAAGAUUGGUCUGAUAUAUGCUGUAAUGCUCUGAGAGAAAAGAUUGAUUUCCUUGAUAUUUCAGUAAAAAAUUUGAGGAAUAAAGAAAAGAAUGAUAUGGUGGUUCGCUUACUAAUUUAUACACAACCUGUUGAAACAUUGGACGAAGUUUUGAAGCAUAAGGAUGCCAUUGUCUUGGGUUCCAGCUCAGUUACUACACAACAUGCAACCAACAGUGUGGAUGAGGAGAACAGGUUAAACAACUGCAAUUUGGAAACAACUAAGAGUGAGAAAACCAAGGACUGCGGUUCUACUCCAACAGAACAUAGUGCAAUUUUAAAUCCAUCUUUGAAUCAUCAAGAGAAGAAAACAGGCAAUUCAAAGCCUGCGAAUGCUAAUUUCGAAGGCUUUACCCAACAGUUUUCAGAAGUGGCACCUGAUUGCUCCGAUGAGAAGAAAUCAUUGAGCUUCUGUUGUCCAAGAAGUACUGGGAAAAGGGAUGCCAGAGAGCAUGAGUUAACUCCGAAAGAUGAAAAACUGAUCCAAAGUUCAUCUUUAAAAUCUGCAUACGAAGGAAGACAUAGUCUAAAACCAGUUAAAGUUGAGAGGUGGAUACCUGAUGAUGAGCAGCCUACAGAAAAUAGUGCGAGUAAUUCCACUAUAUAUGCUUCGGAAAAUGCAGCUGCCCCCUCCUGUGAGGAAAAAGCAGGUGAUUCUGAUUCAAUUGCAACCAAAGAAGUGGAAGAACACAGUUCUAUAUCCACAGCUGAUGUUGUAAUCUCAGGUUCUUCUUCGAAGCCUAUGCCGAAGAAAACAGAUCUCAGAAAAAUAGUCAAGCCUGCAAGUAUUGUUGAUAAAGAUUUUGGCCUAAGUGCCAAUAUGAAUGCAGCUAGUCACUCCAGUGAGAUGAAAAUUUUGGUAAUGUCUGAUCUGAGAGUAAUUGGAAACAAGGAAGCCACAGAGCUCCAAUCUAGAGCUAUAGGCGAAAGUAGAACUUUGAGUUCAUCUUUAAACCUGGAAGGCAGAAGAAAUAAUCCAAGAACAGAUGAUCCUGCAGGUGCAGCUGGCCUGAAUGGGAGGAAACACAAUUCUGAUUGUGCAUUAGGUACUUUUAAACGGGCAAAAGGCAGUAGCGCUGAUAUAGAGCAAAAGUUGUGUGAGUUUGCUCCAAAAGCAGCACAAAAACGAACUGUGAAAGAAUCAAAGAUUUCUGCAGCUCAUGAUAUGGUUUCAUUGAAGUCACUUCGGAAGACCAAUGGCAAAAGGAAAACUCCUUUAAUCAUGAAGUUGAGAGAAACUGACCUGACAGACACUGAAAAUUGUGCCUUGACUUCGCUUUUAGAGAUGCAAGAUCAUGAAGGGGAAAAUGCAGCCAACCUGCAACCUGAGGAAGAAAAGCCUAUACGAGUGGAAGUUCAAACGACUGAAAUUUCUGCUGAUGAGAAAAGGUCCAUCUUGAAUUUGUCCUUGAAUCCACAGAAAAAGAAGGGAAAGAGGAAUAUCAAGUCAAAUACACCAAUUCUUCAUGAAAUUGGUUUCUCCAAACUGAUCCUUAAUUCAAGUUCAUCUUCUAUCUCAGAAAGCAAUAAGAAACGAAAAUUUGGAGCUGGCCCACAAAAUGCCAGUUUAAAUCAGUAUUUGAGUGGGAAGAUUACAAAGAAAGCAGUUUGGCUUGACAAGGGUGAAGCUAAAGAGCACGGUGGUGCAGAAGAUGACACCGCAAAUUUAGUAUCAGAACCACAGAAGGAAGAAAAGGUAUGUGUAAAUUUUCCACACUCUUUGGGGACUGAAGAUUCAUCUGUUCAAAUGGAUUUAUCUAGCUCGCUUGGGGGCACAAUUGAUGGUUCAAGUAAGGAUGACCUUUCAGUUGAUGAGUCUUGCUCAAUCUGUGAUUCCAGUUCUGAGGUUGUGCCAUCAUUUACUUCUGCUAUAAGCAGCUUGAGGGACUUGCGUUUAGCUGAACUGAGGACCAUCGCAGGCCGACUUAAACUGACCAAAUACAGCAAGCUUCGGAAGGAGUUGCUACUUGAACUGAUAGCAGAGCGUCUUGCUCAUUGA